UAGUUGAUCAACCCUUAUACACUCUCUCUUCCUCAUUCUUGGAUCGUUUCGUGACUUUCCUCGAGGAUUGACGUUUGUUCGUGCUUUCUGCUUGUCAGAACACUCCCUUGAGAAAGAAAAAAAAAACCCCCCCCAAACCGUCUCUUUUUACGGUUCUUCAUUUCACAUAUUUUAUCAUCAUGGCCGAAUCUACCACCAUCUCCAACACGGAGAAUCUCCUGAAGUACAUGAGCCUUGACCAACGAGGCCAUGUCCAGGCUGAAUACAUCUGGAUUGACGCCAUCGGUGGUGUCCGCACUAAGACCAAGACCCUCUUCAAGGCUCCCACGUCAGUUGACGAGCUCCCUGAGUGGAACUUUGACGGUUCCUCGACCGGCCAGGCCCCCGGCGACAACUCGGACGUCUACCUUCGCCCUGUUGCCAUCUUCCCGGAUCCCUUCCGUCAGGGCGACAACAUCCUUGUCCUUUGCGAGACCUGGGACUCCGAUGGGUCCCCCAACAAGUACAACUACCGCCAUGAGGCUGCCCGUUUAAUGGAGACCCACGCCAAGGAGGGCUUCUGGUUCGGUCUGGAGCAGGAGUACACCCUUCUCGGCACGGAUGGCUGGCCUUACGGCUGGCCCCGUGGUGGCUUCCCCGGUUCCCAGGGCCCUUACUACUGCGGUGUCGGCACCGGCAAGGUCUACUGCCGUGAUAUCGUCGAAGCUCACUACCGUGCCUGCCUGUACGCCGGUAUCAAGAUCUCUGGUAUCAACGCUGAGGUGAUGCCUUCCCAGUGGGAGUACCAGGUUGGUCCUUGCCAGGGUAUUGAGAUGGGUGACCACCUCUGGCUGUCUCGUUAUCUCCUCCACCGCGUGGCUGAGGAGUUCGGUGUCAAGAUCUCUUUCGACCCCAAGCCCAUCAAGGGUGACUGGAACGGAGCUGGUCUCCACACCAACGUCUCGACCAACGGCACCCGUGGUGACGGUGGCAUGAAGGUCAUCGAGGGCUACAUGAAGAAGCUCGAGGCCCGCCACAACGAGCACAUUGCCGUCUACGGUGAGGGCAACGAGGAGCGUCUGACCGGCCGUCACGAGACCGGCAGCAUCGACAAGUUCAGCUACGGCGUCGCCGACCGUGGUGGCAGCAUUCGUAUUCCCCGCCAGGUCGCCAAGGACGGCAAGGGCUACUUCGAGGACCGCCGCCCGGCCUCCAACGCCUGCCCCUACCAGAUCACUGGUAUCAUCGUUGAGACUCUCUGCGGUGGCAUCUAAAUAAAUACCCCUCUUUGGAUGAAGAAACAAAAUGCGGGAAACAUUGGUUCUUAGCGCUCGUAUACCCUCCGGCGUCGACUGAGAGUAGAUUGAGAAACAAGAAGAAAUAUAAAAGGGAGCAAGGAAAGCAGCGUCUGGCAGUAUCUAUAGAUUCGGUUGCCGCUCGUGACAUCUACAUGAUCCUUUUCUUUUCUUUCUAUUGUUAUUCCCUAUACAAACUUGUUACAUGCCAGUGCUUGUCUUUGUCUUAAUCCUUCCCUCUUUUUUGUUGUUUUCUCGCUCUCUCUGCUGCCGCUUGCUUUUUCCCCCUUGCUUAAUAUUAUUAUGCCCCCUUUGAUGUCGGCUAUGUGUUACGUACAGCAUAGAGAAGUAUUCGCUUUCGCUAUGGUUAAUCAUUCUGGUUUUUUAAGUGGAUUGGAGAGGAGAGAUAACUUUCCCUUGAGUCGGC